AUGCGAUGCACCUUUUUCCUUGAGGUCGGAAUGGAGGGUCUGUUACUUCUACUACUUCUUCUACCACUAACUUCUCUCACACACGGAUUCCACUCGCCGAUCCCCACCACACAAUCGCCAAUCCACCGCUAUUGGCAAUCCCGUAGUUUCGAUCGCGUCCCCACCACGGCACGAUUCUCCGCCACAACGGCUACCGAGACGUUACCGGAAGGUCUCCUCAAAACAGUCGUACAACCCGGGCAAGGCCAACGCGUCAAUCUCGGUGACAUUGCCACCAUCAAGUACAGUUGUUAUAUAAUUCCGGAAGACGAUUCGACGACGGUUCCCUUCGCACGCGCCUUAUCCCAAAAAGUCGUCGUCGGCGACGGUUCCAUGAUUGUGGGUUGGGAAAAGGCCUUGCGGAGUAUGCGGGUGGGUGAGCGCAGUAUCGUGCGGAUUACUGAUCCGCAGCUCGGGUACGGCGCCCAGGGAGUAGUCCCCGUCGUCCCGCCCAACGCCGUCCUCGAACUCGAUUUAAACGUCCUCGACGUUCAACCCGCCACGACCAAUAUCGAUUUCGAUACCCUCGCCAUGGCGGAUACCACGCCACGGACCGCGUCCGAGAUUUCCGCCGCCUUUGAAGCGCGCCAAGCCGCCCGUGGUGAAGUCGUUGAGUUGGAAGGACUCGAAUAUUGGAUUGCCAAGGCACGGAACUUUUACUUUUUUGGUCUCUUCGAGGGAGAAACGGGAGAACGGGCGCCCUGGUUUCUGCGACCCAGUAUUACCUUUCCCCUCGCCUUUCUGAUCGUCGGUGCGGCCUUUUACGUGAGCUUUAUUGGUGGGGCCAUUAGUGAACGCGGCGCUCAAAUCAAGGACGAACUGGACGAGAUUAUUCUCAGUAGCAACGUGCUCUGGAACACUCCGACGACGUCCUGGACGGUGGCGGUGAACGAUAUUUUGGGCACGGUACCGACGGACACUCUAAUGUAA